GAACACUCUGGAUUAUAAAAGCAGGUGGGAUCCUGCUGCGGAGGAGUCUUUAUCAGAUACAAUGUUGCUGCUACUGGCUCUGGUGAGUGUGGCUCUGGCUCAACCUGCUCCGGAGGACUUUGAUGGCAAUCAGGUGUUCCGUGUCAGUGUACCUGAUGAAGAUCAUAUCAAUUUAAUUCAGGAGCUGGCCAACAGCAAGCAGAUUGAUUUCUGGAAACCAGAUUCUGCUACACAAGUGAAACCUCUCACUACAGUUGACUUUCAUGUUAAAGCAGAAGAUGUUGCAACUGUGGAGAAAUUUCUGGAGCAGAAUGAAUUUCACUAUGAGGUAUUGAUAAGCAAUGUGAGAAACGUUCUGGAAGCCCAGUUUGAUAGCCACACCCGUGCAAGUGGACACAGUUACACCAAGUACAACAAGUGGGAAACGAUAGAGGCUUGGAUUCAAGAAGUUGCCAAUGGUAAUCCAGACCUCAUUUCUCGGAGAACCAUUGGAACCACAUUUGAAGGACGUGCCAUACAUCUCCUCAAGGUUGGCAAAACUAAACCAAAUAAACCUGCCAUCUUCAUUGAUUGUGGUUUCCAUGCAAGAGAGUGGAUUUCUCCUGCAUUUUGUCAGUGGUUUGUAAAAGAGGCUGUUGGCACCUAUGGACAAGAGAGCCAGAUGACACAGCUUCUUGAUGAACUGGACUUUUAUGUUCUGCCUGUGGUCAACAUUGACGGCUAUGUCUACACCUGGACAAAGAGUCGAAUGUGGAGAAAGACCCGCUCUACUAAGGCUGGAAGUUCCUGUGUGGGUGUAGACCCAAACAGAAAUUUUAAUGCUGGUUGGUGUGAAGUGGGAGCUUCUCGAAGUCCCUGCUCUGACACUUACUGUGGACCAGCCGCAGAGUCUGAAAAGGAGACAAAGGCCUUGGCAGAUUUCAUCCGCCAGAACCUCUCCUCUAUCAAGGCCUAUUUGACAAUUCACUCGUACUCCCAGAUGAUGCUCUACCCUUACUCCUAUGCCAAUAAGCUGCCUAGUAACAAUGACGAAUUGAAUGCCCUGGUGAAAGGUGCAGCCAAGGAACUCGCCUCUCUGUAUGGCACCAAGUACACAUAUGGCCCAGGAGCAACAACAAUCUAUCUUGCUGCCGGGGGCUCUGAUGACUGGGCUUAUGAUCAAGGAAUAAAAUAUUCUUUCACUUUUGAACUCCGGGAUACAGGCACCUAUGGCUUUCUCCUUCCUGAGUCCCAGAUCCGCCCAACCUGUGAGGAGACAAUGCUUGCAGUCAAGUACAUAGCCAAUUAUGUCCGAAAGAAUCUGUAUUAGUGAAGAUCACAGCACACCUUAUUCAAAGUGCUCACUGUUCUUUUUUUUGUUUGUCCUGACUUUUUUGUUUGUUUGGAGACUUUGUAGAUUCUAAUCUUUCUUUUAGUUUUCUGGGUAUAUUAAGCUACAUGGACCUCUAAAAUUCAUCCUAAUAAAAUCAUAUUAUCACUGGAAAA